AUGUCUCAGUCAACAUCCCCUAUUCUCGACUGCGCAGACAGUCCCCUUUCAACAACCGGCAACGUUAUCGGGAUCCUAACCUUUGCCUACGCGAUCUUCAUAACGCUUUUGUAUCGCUCCAAGAUUCUAAUGAAAGCAAAGGACGAAAGCAAGAAAUUCUACAUACGAGCGGAAAGAUUGCAUGGCUCGCUUGUGGAGGCACAGAAGCGACUGGAGGCCUAUUUCUCCACGCUUGAUUUGAGUAUGAACCCAGAGAUUGGAUUGUUACUAGACGAUGCCAAGUACUGGGACUUUCAGUAUAAAGAAGGCCUGCGACUUAAACCAGGAUAUAAACUCACGGAGCAGGAGACCAAGGCCGAGGAGCGUCGUAAUGCGAUUGCUGGAAAAAGCUCCUAUCUACUUAUGAAGGAAGACAUGGAUAAGAUUGUUGAAGGCAUGUUGCAAACUCGAGCUACACUCGACGGGACAUAUCAGGUCCUCUUAAACAGCAUGAUCGUCGAUGAGAUUCGAGAACAGAAAACCGCGUUUGAAGUGCAAUCCCAGAGUCUCGCAAAGCAGAGGGUUCUAAUAACUCAUAUUAUGGGUGCACUUAACUUAGAACUCCCUGUGCCUCAAAUGAGUCAUGACCUCAGUCGAUUCACCCCCCAGAGCUGA